UGAAAAAAAGGAAAAAAACAGAAGCGCUGAUCUCGGUGUGACAGCUCAGAGCUGUCCACGUCAACACACCGAGCGAGCACGGCGGCGGCGGCAGCGAUGGACUCCUCGUCUCUGGAACCUUCCCUCUACACAGUGAAAGCUGUUUUCAUUCUAGACAAUGACGGCAACAGACUUCUGUCAAAGUACUAUGACCGUGAGCUUUACCCCUCCAUGAAGGAGCAGAAGAACUUUGAGACGAAUGUUUUCAACAAGACACACAAAGCAGACAAUGAGAUAGCUUUCCUGGAGGGAAUGACCAUCGUCUAUAAGGGCAGUAUAGAUCUCUUCUUCUACGUGGUGGGAAGUGCUCAGGAGAACGAGCUGAUGCUGAUGUCAGUACUGAACUGCUUGUUUGAGUCUCUUAGUCACAUCCUCAGGAAAAAUGUAGAGCGGAGGUCUUUACUGGACAACAUGGAAGGAGUGUUCCUGGUUGUGGAUGAAAUCAUUGAUGGAGGGGUGAUUCUGGAGAGUGACCCCCAGCAGGUCCUACAGAAGGUCAACUACAGAGCGGAUGAAAACCCAUUAUCUGAACAAAGCGUGGCCCAGCACAUAACAGAGAAACUGGCUCUGACUACUAAUGUUCUGCAGUCAGCCAAGGAGCAGAUCAAAUGGUCCAUACUGAAAUGACUUGGAGCAGAAAAAAACAGGAUUCUCAAGAAAGCUCUUGAGAACAUUCAUAGUCCCAAAGCUAUUUCUUUUUUUAGGGAAGGUCGUCACAAGCGUGUUGGCUGAUAGGCUGCUUUAUAUAGCAAUUAAGCAGCCAGUAAUAGGAAUCUGUUGCUAGCCUGAUGGCACUUUGUUACAUUGUGUGUGACAUGCAAUUAAUUUAUUAGUUUCGAGUGAUGUCAGUCCGUACUCGUGUAAUUUACCAGGCCAGAAGAUACCAGAAAAUUAAAUGUAAAGUGAGUCUCAAGGUCCAGGUGUGCUUCUUCAUCAGACUGAGCUGAUAUCAAGUACCAAACUAACGAAAGAAAAUAUUAAAAGAUAAUGAUCUGUAACUUGUAUUUUGGUGGUGCAGGAUCUUCCAUGCUCAUUUACUCAAAACAGAAAUGCAGCACAGAUCUGCAAAGUCAAGCUAAAAAGCUGAAAAUCACAUACAAGAAAAUGUUUUUAUCAUUUAAACCAUGUCAUUUAACAAGGGGGUUGUUAAAUUUUGUAAUUUUUUAAACACACACACAAACACACACUGACAUCAUUUGUGCACUGAGUUUAAUACAUUUUGUUGUUCUGACUGGGCAUUGUAAAUGACAAAAAUAUGUUUUGUAAAACUAUUUAAAGACUGUAAACGGAUGUAAACAUGCUUUUUGACACUACACAAAUGUUAGCAUUGUGUGUGAGAGGCAAUAUGUUACUGUCAGUAAAACCCUUAUUUACCUUAAAAUGGAAUUCCUUAAUCUUUAGAAUCAAAGGGACCUUAAAAAUAUUUAAUAUCACAUAGGAUGACCAGAGUUAUAAAGAAUAGUGUCUAUUUUCUCAUAGUUAAACAUGUAGAUAUAUUAAAUAUUUUCUUAGUUGAAAAGAAGAAAAUGCCAAAGACAAAGUAAUUAUUUUGUUUACAUUUGGAUGUUGUUGAAACACUAGGCCUACUAAGCCAUACUGUCCGACAUAGGGCAUUUUGUCGUCUGCUAUUUGUUAAACUGAUAAUAAAACUGUAUAUUUGUCCUGGA